GUAUCCUUAAGGCUGUGCAUUGAGUAUAACAAAUUCUACAAGUUGUUUCAUGAAAGUAUCAGAAUUAGUCUCUCUCUUAACAGAAAGUGGAGCCACCUGCAAAGCAUAAGCAAAAAUCAUUCUCCUUGAAAUUCAGGAAAAGAUUUUUGUACAAAAAUUGGCAUUGCCAGUUGCAUGUUCUGCAUGAAAAAAAAAAUUAGUAGUAUACCAGCUGAAAACAAUGAUAGCUAUUUUAUUACAAGUCACAAAUGAUCUUACCUAUCAUCUCUGUAGUAUGUCAUGCAAAUAUGACAUGGAGUGCUUGUCUGUUUGACAAUGUUAAAGAGUAAUUAUGUGAUAAAUGAAAAAUUGGUUCUUUAGCUUGAUUAAAUUUGGGGCGGAGGCAACAGCUUGCUCAUUGCUUUGUGAUUAUUACAAUGCAGCAGGAAAAAAAAAUCAGUGUCAGGAAAACAAUGGAUUCAGUGAAUUAAUUUAAAGAAGUCACUGUAAAUAUUGCUCAUGAAGUACUACAAAUUAAAAACAAUGUGGUGCAAGAAGUAGUUAUGCUGUUCAGGUAAAUUUAUAAUUGUAACAGAAAUAAAAGCAGCUAAAUGCCAAUAUUCUUAUAAGUUUGAAUACAUUAAGAAACUCUUAAAUGGCCAGUUAGGAAUAAAUGUUGUCCAGCUUCAGUUGUUAAAUUGCAAGGAAAUGAGAUCAGGAUGUGGGGACUAAGAGAGUGAAAAAAUGAAUGAAAAAUGAAUCCUCAAGCCUUGCUGGUAAGAUAAAGGCUGGGUAGAAAAGGAGCUUAUUCAAGCUCCACCCCACAGGAAAUAUUGCAAACAGGCACCUUUACACCUAGACUUUUAAACAAGUGAAAGGCACCAGCCAUUCUGUGAGACAACAGAAGUAAAGGAGGCCAUUCAGAGGAAAGCUUCUGAAGCUGCUUAUACAGGACAUAUUGAUCAGAUAUGGGCCAAGCUGCAACGCAGCCAAGUACCAACUGGCACCUGAAAGAAAAUGGAAGAGAUCACCACACAAGUAAAUUUUCUAGUGAAGAGUUAAUUGUGAGGAGAGGACAGGCCUUCACUGUCACCUUCAAUGGAACAGGACAGCCUGAACAAAAUUUAACAUUCAUCGCAGAAACAGGUCCAAAACCCUCAAAGCUGGCUAAGACCCAAGCCACAUUUGGUAUUUCCAGCACAAUGAGCACAGAGAGCUGGAGUGCAAUCCUGCAGUCUACCAGUUCCAGAUCUGUGAGCAUCUCCAUUUCCAGCCCGCCUAAUGCUGUCAUUGGACGUUACAAACUGAGUGUUCAAACUACUUCAAGUGGCAGCUCUUCUCCAGCAAUCCUUGGCACUUUUGUUUUGCUCUUUAACCCUUGGUCUUCAGGUGAUGAUGUGUUCAUGCCUAACAAGGCAGAAUGUGAGGAAUAUGUGCUAGAAGAGUUUGGCAUCAUUUUUGCGGGCAAUAAAAAUCAUAUCAACAGCUUUGGAUGGAACUUUGGCCAGUUUCAAGGAGAUAUUCUCAAUAUUUGCCUUUCCAUGCUGGAUCGAAGCUUAAACUAUCGUCAGGAUCCUGCCACAGAUGUAUCUCACCGAAAUGACCCCAAAUACCUGGGCCGUGUUCUCAGUGCAAUGGUGAAUGCCAAUGAUGACCAAGGGGUGCUGCUAGGAAACUGGAGUGGAAAUUAUGAGGGUGGGAAAAGUCCAAACAGCUGGACUGGAAGUGGUGAAAUCCUGCAAAACUGGAAGAAAUCAGGAUUCAAACCUGUUAGAUAUGGACAAUGUUGGGUUUUUGCAGCGGUGUUCACUACAGUGCUUAGAUGUCUGGGGAUUCCCACUCGUACAAUUACAAACUUCAGUUCUGCCCAUGAUGCAGAUGGAAAUCUGCGUGUAGAUGAGUUUUACGAUGCUUCUGGAAAUCAUCUGGACAGGUCAGCUGACAGCAUAUGGAAUUUCCAUGUCUGGAAUGAAAGCUGGUUUUCCCGCAGUGAUUUGGGCCCCUCAUACAGUGGAUGGCAAGUUCUAGAUGCAACUCCCCAAGAAGAAAGUGGAGGAAUUUAUCAGUGUGGUCCUGCCUCACGGAAUGCCAUCAAAGAAGGAGAUGUGGAUCUGGACUAUGACUGCCCAUUCAUAUUUGCAGAAGUGAAUGCUGACUGUAUGUACUGGAAUUAUGAGGCCACAACUGGAAAGAAAACAUUAAUGUUCUCUAAGUCUACUGUAAUUGGCCAAUUCAUCAGCACAAAGGCAGUUGGUAGAGAUGAUCGUGUGGAUGUCACAACUGAUUAUAAAUAUGAAGAAGGCUCUACAAAAGAAAGAGAUGUUUUUAAAAAAGCCCGUAAGAAGCUGGGUCUUGAGGACAAAUUUGAUCCUACAGCACCAACGCCACAGGAAAUCGAUCAAAAGCCUGACAUCUCAGGGAGGUUCAAGGUGGCUGGCCCUUUAGAAGUUGGCAAAGACCUCAGUCUAAUUCUGGUUCUUGAAAACUUACAGUCUGAUGCUAAGACUGUUCAUGUAAAUAUGAGUGCUUGGAGCACUGUGUACACUAGAAGACCAGUUCAUGAGAUCAGGAAGGACUCCAUAUCUGCCACUCUGUCUCCCAAGGAAGAAAUACAACUUCCCAUUAAGAUACUGUAUACUGAGUAUCAACAGCAGUUAACUACAGACAACACAAUCCAGGUAACAGCUUUAUGUCAUGUAGAAGGUGGGAUUCAAGUGCUAGUGCAAAGAGACAUCACCCUCGACAAUCCUGCCAUUGACAUACAGGUACUUGGUGAAGCAAAAGUGAAUAAAGAAGUGGAUGUGGAAGUGAUAUUUACCAAUCCUAUUGAUAUGGAAUUGAUGAACUGUGUGCUGCAGGUAGAAGGCAAUGACCUGCUCAGAGGAAUCCUUGAGAUAGAUGUACCACCAGUGAAAGCCAGUGAGAAAUCCAGCACAAAGCUUAAACUCAUCCCUUUUGAGACGGGUCGCAAACAUCUACUUGUUAAUUUCUCCUGUGAUAAAUUUGCAGAUAUCAAGACCUUUAAGAUGGUGAAUGUGAUUGACUAACAUGAAGAUAUACAAUUAAUGGUGUGUGUAUAAAUCAAAUAAAAUGUCACAAGAAAUCUUGUAUAAGAAAAUAAUGAGAAAACUAGCAGAACAAAGUCCUUGCUUCCUGUGCUAAGGAGUUACAAACAUCAGAUCACCAAAUUUUUACAUUGUAAUUUAAAAUAAACUGAGGAACAGUUGAUUCUUCAUUUA